AUGAGGAAUCAUUACGACGAGGAGAAUAGCCCGGACAAUAAUCCGGAGGAGGACAAUAUAGUCGUCGACCAGGUGAACACAUCGCGCAGUUCGCAUUCUGAUAAUGAUCCUAACGUGAGGAGAUACAGAACCGCCUUCACGAGGGAGCAACUAACUCGGCUAGAAAGCGAAUUUAGCAGAGAGAAUUAUGUCAGCCGACCAAGGAGAUGCGAAUUGGCCACACAGCUUAACUUGCCAGAAUCUACGAUAAAGGUAUGGUUUCAAAAUCGUCGCAUGAAAGACAAACGACAACGACUAUCAUUGACAUGGCCCUUCUCGUGGAAUUCGGAUCCCACUCUAGCGGCGGCGUUGCUCGCGGCUGCCUCGGCGGGCUCGUUUCCGCAUAUGGGUUACCCGCCUAUUCCUACGUCGAAUUUACCAGCGACGACACACUUGGCCCCUUCAGCAACACCGUAUCCGAACGCGGCCGCGGCCGCGGCUGUGUCCACUUACUAUCGUUAUACCGGGUAUCAUCCGACGAAUUCGGUCACCGCGCUUCAUCGACCACACGUUCGCCCUUUGGCCGCCCCUUAUCCGACACCCUCGCACCUAUCGCUGUCCUCGCAUCCGUCGAUACCACCUCUGCAUAUCCUGUCGAGUAUGCAAAUGCCAAACAUCGCUGCUGCUUCCGCCUUUCCUUCCAUGGGUAAUCCGCCGCCGCCUCCUCCUCCUCCUCCUCCUCCUCCACCUCCUCCUCCUGUUACCAUGCCAUAUCGGCCGCCGUUGAUCGAAGAGCUUAGCCCGGUAAAUUCGUCCUCCUCGAGCGAGUACGAUUACGGAACGAGUCCUCCUGUUCAGUUAUCGCACCCUACACCGACGUCGCAUCACUCGGUCCAGCAGCUGCCGCUGUCGCAUCCGCAUUCGGACUAUUCGCAUCACGCGCAUCGCCUUACCGCACCCGUGAUGCCAAUAAUAUCGCAACGAGAUAGACUCAGCAGCGGCGAGCAGCCGAUAAGACUGAACGGAAUGAGUGUACCGGUCAUGACGGUACUGCCAUUCGAGAACAACGUGAACAACGCCUCGUACAAUCACGUAGCGAUUCCUUCGACGUCGGAGAUAUCAGCCUUGUCGUCGCUUUCGUUGAACAGGUCUGAGAAGGAGCUGGAGGAGGAAAAGAAAGAGAAGGAGAAGAAAGAGAAGAAAGAGAAGGAGAAAGAGAAGGAGCAAGAACAAGAGCAUCAACAUCGUCAACAGCCGCAACAAUCACUUCAGUUACCUCAGCCACUUCAACUAUCUCAGCCAUCGCAGCUACGGCAGCCUCCUCAGCCCAAAUUGUUUCAGCCGUACAAGAACGACAAGGAUCAAAACGGCACGAUGUAGAAUAAAAAAU